UAGAGAGCGGGACGUCCGGUUUGUGAGCGGACACCUUCGUUUCGCGCGCUACGAAAGAGCGAUUUAAAAAUGGGUGAUGUUGAGAAGGGCAAGAAGAUUUUUGUUCAGAAGUGUGCCCAGUGCCAUACCGUGGAAAAGGGAGGCAAGCACAAGACUGGGCCAAAUCUCCAUGGUUUAUUUGGCCGAAAGACCGGUCAGGCCCCUGGAUUUUCUUACACGGAUGCCAACAAAAAUAAAGGCAUCACCUGGGGAGAGGAGACACUGAUGGAGUAUUUGGAGAAUCCCAAGAAGUACAUCCCUGGGACAAAAAUGAUCUUUGCUGGCAUUAAGAAGACAGGGGAAAGAGCAGACUUGAUAGCUUAUCUCAAAAAAGCUACUAAGGAGUAAUAAUUGGCCAUUGCCUUAUUUAUUGCAAAACAAAAAUGUUUCAUGACUUUUUUUUAUGUGUUCAAUUGAUCUCAUACACCAGAAUUCAGAUCAUGAAUGGCUGAUAGAAUAUUUCUUUUGGACAGUCCUGACAUAAAUAAGGUUGGCUUGUGGUUAAAUGAAUAUGAUCAGCUUUUUGAACUUUGAUAGUAAUUCUGGUUCAGCAAGUGCUGUCAGUUUUCCCCUUUUAAAAAUAUGAUCGGAAUUGAUUAGUAAUGUUCAACUUUUCACAGAGGUGGUAAAUGCCAUCUCUAAACUUAUAGGAGAUUGGUUUUAUAUUUAGAUUUAUAUAACUGGUUAUAUUAAUAUAUUUAAAUACUGAGGAAAUCCCUUCACUGUCUCAGAACCAGCAAGAUUGAGCUGUGUUUCAGGUUGUGUUCAUUAGCCUGUUACAGGCAAGGGUUGAAGAUAAGCUGGCAGUGUCCACUUUUUUUUUUUUUUUCUUAACUAUGCCAAUUUAAUUAAAAUUUCCUGCAUCUAAAAUGUUGCCUUUUGCUUAAUGAAAGGCAUUUUAGUGUGGUUUAUGUAUAAUAUUAAAUAAAGAGUUAUUUAACACUUCUCAUUUUA